AUGGGAUCUUGUGGACAUCCCGCGUGCCCCGCUGCCGCGUUUCCGAGUGCCGCCUUCGUCGAGGGUCUUUUCCCAUCCGCACGUGCACUUCUCACUGAGCCUGAGGAGGUCUGGACCGAGUACACGACGGAGUACCCCAGGGUCAUCGUCCACCCGCUCGACACGACCAAGUUCCAGCUGACCAUGAACGAGACCCGCAUCUUCAACCUCACCGCCCCCUCGCGCACCGCGCGCGACCUGGUGGCGCUGACGGUGCGCUGCAUGCACGCCAGGAGAGGUUCCUGCCCACCGAGUCCGUGCUGA